UUACAGUCCGCCAGUUGCUGCAGAACGGAUACAAUGCCAACCUGUACAACGAGGACGGACUGACCGCGCUUCACCAGUGCUGUAUUGAUGAUUAUGAAGAGAUUGUUCGGUUGCUGAUAGAUGGCGGUGCGGACGUGAACGCCUGUGACAGUGAAUUGUGGACGCCCCUACACGCCGCCGCAACCUGCGGACACCUGCACCUGGUGGAGAUGCUCAUCAAACAUGACGCCAACCUCCUGGCUGUGAACUCUGACGGGAACAUGCCCUAUGACCUCUGUGAGGACGAUGUUACACUGGACCACAUAGAGACUGCUAUGGCCGAGCAGGGAAUUACUCAGGAAAAGAUAGAGGAGGCGCGGGCAGCCACGGAAAUGAGGAUGGUGUCAGAUAUCAGACAGCUGCUGGAGUCAGGGGCAGAGGUCAACGCUCAAGACCCUUCAGGCACCAGCCUG